AACACGGAAGUAGGACUGGAGGUGAACAGAGAUCUGUAUUUAAUGAUGAGAUGCUCAUGUCACUCAGUCCAGACAAUAGAAGUCGUUGUCCCAAAAGUAGGAAUGCAGGCGACAAGAUUAGGUCCGAAAUAAACCCAUUGAAACGCAUCGAUGUAAUUUUGGACAGAUUUAGGCGAGAGUGUAACCUCUCGCUUCGCCAUUCCUCUCUGAGGUGACUCUGUUUUGAUUUUGAACGUUAUUUUUGUGGAGUAAAGAAAGACUAAAUAGGCUACCCAACUCCCAGUCGUCUGAAAUAUGUCUAAACUACAGUCGUUUCGUGUGUUUUUAAAUGAGCGUUUAACGGCGGCUGCUGUGGAGAUUUUCGGGGAAGUUGAGAAAACGGUAGUGAAAUACCAGGAGGAGAAUGAUCGGCUACGGAGAUUGCUGGAGAUCACAUCAGAGGUUCAACUAUGUAGAACAGACUCCCUGCAGCUCUCUGUCUCUGAAGAGGAGGUUCCCCCUGAGCAGCAGCACUGUGAGCAGGAGUGGAGCCCCAGUCUGGGACAGGAGGACCCAGAGACCACACAGAUUAAAGAGGAACAGGAGGAAGUCAGGACCAGUCAGGAGGAAGAGCAGCUUCAACGUCUGCAGCCUGAUGUCAUAGAGUCCGUAUUCACUCCUUCCUGUGUGAAAAGUGAAUGUGAUCAGAUGGACCCACAUCAAGAAGCCAUACUAGCUGAACACCCAACUCUCAGUCCACUGAAAACGUCUAAACUACAGUCGUUUCGUGUGUUGUUAAAUGAAUGUUUAACAGCAUCUGCUGCUGUGGAGAUUCUUGGUGCGGUUGAGGAAACUGUAGCAGAGUACCAGGAAGAGAAUGAUCUGCUACGGAGACUGCUGGGGAGGACACCAGAGAUAAAACUACGUAGAAUAGACUCCCUGCAGCUCUCUGUCUCUGAAGAGGGGGUUCCCCCUGAGCAGCAGGAGUGGAGUCCCAGUCUGGGGCAGGAGGACCCAGAGCCCACACAGAUUAAAGAGGAACAGGAGGACGUCAGGACCAGUCAGCAGGAAGAGCAGCUUCAAGGGCUCGUUGAUACCAAAGACUCCAUAUUCACUCCUUCCUGUGUGAAAAGUGAAUGUGAUCAGAUGGACCCACAUCAAGAAGCCAUACUAGCUGAACACCCAACUCUCAGUCCACUGAAAACGUCUAAACUACAGUCGUUUCGUGUGUUGUUAAAUGAAUGUUUAACAGCAUCUGCUGCUGUGGAGAUUCUUGGUGCGGUUGAGGAAACUGUAGCAGAGUACCAGGAAGAGAAUGAUCUGCUAUGGAGACUGCUGGGGAGGACACCAGAGAUAAAACUACGUAGAAUAGACUCCCUGCAGCUCUCUGUCUCUGAAGAGGAGGUUCCCCCUGAGCAGCAGCACUGUGAGCAGGAGUGGAGCCCCAGUCUGGGACAGGAGGACCCAGAGACCAUACAGAUUAAAGAGGAACAGGAGGAAGUCAGGACCAGUCAGCAGGAAGAGCAGCUUCAAGGGCUCUUUGUUACCAAAGACUCCAUAUUCACUCUUUCCUGUGUGAAAAGUGAAUGUGAUCAGGAGGACCCACUUCAGUCCUUGACUCUUCCCCAAACCCAGACUGUGGAGAACAGACAGAAUGGCUCUAAACCAGUGAAUCUCACACCUUUUGUCACUGUGACCCACAUUAAGGGUCUCAACAUUCCCUGUGACCCUCCAGAUAAUCAAAACAAUGCCUCCAGCCACAGCUCAGCUGUAAGCAGUGACACAGUAGGACUUAAUAGCAGCCCACCAUUGGAUCCCAGUCCACUAUUGGAGAAACACUGUUCCAAACCCAGCACCACAUCUAGAAGAACUCACCACUGCCAUGACUGUGGUGAAACAUUUGCUCUGAAAGAUGACCUGCAAAGGCAUAUGACUCUCACCAAGAAGAGACCCAGUGAAUGCUGCUUCUGCAGUAAACACUACAACUCCACCUGUAAACUGAAGGCCCAUGUCCGACUCUGUCACGGUGGGAAACCCUAUAUCUGCCCUGUUUGUGGCAAGACCUUCAAAUACAAAGGAGGUCUCCCCAGGCACAUGAGGAUUCACAAAGGAGAGAAACCUUUUAUCUGUGGUGACUGUGGGAAAAGCUUCAAUCAGAAGGGGAACCUAACUGAACAUGUAUUGAUUCACACAGGAGAGAAACCAUUUAGCUGUGGUGACUGUGGGAAAAGCUUUGGGCUCAAGCGGUACCUAACCAUGCAUAAACUGACUCACACAGGAGAGAAACCAUUUAGCUGUGGAGACUGCGGGAAAAGCUUUAAUCGCAAGGCGGUCUUAACUAUGCAUAUACGGACUCACACAGGAGAGAAACCAUUUAUCUGUGGCGACUGUGGGAAAAGCUUCCGCCAUAAGGGGUGCCUUAAGAUACAUGUACUGACUCACACAGCAGAGAAACGAUUUAGCUGUGGUGACUGUGGGAAAAGCUUCAAUAAGAGGGGGAACCUAAAAGUGCAUAUACGUACUCACACUGGAGAGAAAUCUUUUAGCUGUGGAGACUGUGGGAAAAGCUUCAAUACGAGGGGGAACUUAACCAGGCAUAUACGGACUCACACCAGAGAUAAUUCCUUUCGCUGUGGUGACUGUGGGGAAAGCUUCAAUGAGAAGGGGCACCUAAAUGAACAUAUACGAACUCACACAGGAGAGAAACGAUUUAUCUGUGGUAACUGUGGGAAAAGCUUUAAGCAUAAGGGAUGCCUUAAAAUACAUAUAUUGUCUCACACAGGAGAGAAACCAUAUAGGUGUGGUGACUGUGGCGAAAGCUUCAAUGAGAAGGGGCACCUAAAUGAACAUAUACAGACUCACACAGGAGAGAACCCUUAUAGCUGUGGUGACUGUGGGGAAAGCUUCAAUCAGAAGGUGGACCUAAAGAGGAAUAUACGGAUUCACACAGGAGAGAAAUCACAUGGCUGCUCAGUCUGUGGUAAAAGGUUCACUCAGAAGUCUCAUCUGCUGAGGCAUGUGGAUAAAAUCCACAAAGGAAGAAUACAGGACAGAAACUGAAAGAGGAAAGAGCAUUAGGACAAAGAGAUUGUUUGUCAGGUAAGUGAAUAAAAAGGCAGGAUGUGGACAAAUCUUUUAGGAAGUAAAAGGCCCUCAUCAAAUAUGCAGACGACAUGGCUCUGGUUGCUUGCCUGGAGGUCAAGUCCAUCUCCAGCUACUCCCAGUUCAUUGACUGCCUCUUGACGUGGUUUGACAAUAGCUUCCUUGACCUUAACGUCACCAAGACUAAAAAACUGUGCCUUGGAGGAAAUACAUUUGGGGAAAUGGAAGCCCUUCUCUCAAGCUUGUCACUAUGGAAGGACGUGGAGCAAGUCACACAUUUGAAAUACUUGGGGACAAUUUUAGACCACAAACAUAGCUUCCGGUAAAACACUGACCUCAUCUACAAAAAGGCAAGGUAAUUUCUUUACCUACGUAAGAAACUAUGACGUUUUAAUGCAAGCAAACUCACACUGAUCGUGGUAUACAAAUCCCUGAUUGAGUGUUCUCAAUUACAAUUCUGGUACCUCUCAGUGAUGCUUAAUUUUUUGUUUCAUUCUGACAUUUCAGUCUGACAUGUAACUGUUUUAAUGUGUUUCAUUCUGAUAUGUCACUCUGACAAAUACAUGUUUCAUUCUGACAUUUCAGUCUGACAUGUAACUGUUUAAUGUGUUUCAUUCUGAUAUGUCACUCUGACAAAUACAUGUUUCAUUCUGACAUUUCAUUCAGACAUGUAAAUGUUUUAAUGUGUUUCCUUGUGACAUUUCAUUCUGACGUGUAAAUGUUUAAUGUGUUUCCUUCUGACAUUUCAUUCUGACGUGUAAAUGUUUAAUGUGUUUCAUUCUGACAUGUAAAUGUUUAUUUAAUGUGUUUCAUUCUGACAUGUAAAUGUGUCAUGUGUUUCAUUCUGACACAAAUGUUUGUUUCAUUCUGACAUUUCAUUCUGACAUGUAAAUGUUUGUGUUUCCUUCUGACAUUUUAUUCUGACAAAUGUUUAAUUUGUUUCAUUCUGACAUGUAAAUAUUGAAUGUGUUUCAUUCUGACAUGUAAAUGUUUGUUUCCUUCUGACAUUUCAUUCUGACAUGUAAAUGUUUAAUUUGUUUCCUUCUGACAUCUCAUUCUGACAUGUAAAUAUUUAAUUUGUUUCAUUCUGACAUGUAAAUAUUUAAUGUGUUUCAUUCUGACAUGUAAAUGUUUAAUGUGUUUGAUGUGUAUGUUUUAUCCCUGUUUUUUUUAUCCUUUUAUUGUAACUCUGACCGUCAAUAUCACAUUUUUUGCAGUGCUAUAUGUGAGUACCUAGCCUGUAAAACUGUCGGUCUGUCGUUCUCUUUUGUUUGUUUUUUCGUGUUCACGUGUAUUGAAUAAAUGAUCAUGAUGAACACGCAACCCGCUGCGCCUUGGUCUUCUCUCCAGUACGACAACUGUGACAGAACUACCCACCAUACCAGGACCAAGCAGCGGAGGAUAUCUAGCGAGGACCGGGGAACACGGCUGAUAAGGGAACCCAAGAGGCAGCCCCAAUCAUUUUUUUGGGGGGGCACAAGGGCAGUUUGGCGGGGCGAGGAUGGAGCCCCAGGCCAGCUCCCCGUACCCUCUGGAGUCGCCAGA